AUAGUAAAAUGUGUACCUCUUUUGUUUUUGUUUCAGUGACUAGCAAUCCAGUAGCCUAUCUUGAAGAGAGCCCCACUUUCAAACUCAUCCCACUUGAAUUGGCAUUGAGGACAAAGAGGCAUUUUGAACAGUGAUUGGAGGGACCAUCAUUGCUUCCUCACUUGAAACUUUUCUUCUUGCUGUCUUAGCAGGCCAAUUUUUGCAGAUAUGUCACAAUUAAACACAUCCUCCGCCCUUCCUUCGUCGGAUAUACCCAGUAGCCAGAUUUUAAUCAACGUGCCUCCAGAGUCCCCCGUUAACAGAAAGAGGACCGAGGGUGAAAGUCAAGAUGUAUCAUCAAAUAGUGCCGAUCACCAUCCAAGUCAAAAAAUACCGGAAUACGUUGAUGGAUCCUCUGAGAGUUCUUUUCCGCCAUUCAAAAAGCCAAAGCCUUCGCUGCCUCUAUCUCAAGCUAACUUGACAGCAUAUCGAUCUUCACAGGAUAUGGCGGACGAUCCUUUUUCACCACAAACGUCCCCAGUACUGGAGCCUACUUCUCCAUCAACCUCAAUAUCAUCUGUGAACACACGUAGUCAUAAACGGCCACCCCCAACAAACUCAGGUGUUACAGGUAUCAAAGGAAUUCCUAUAGUCCCCUUCCUCACCAGGUCCAGAACGCUCGAGGAGAUCAAACCCAGUAUUCAAUCAUCGAUUACUGAGUCGAGUGAGACCGCAAUUGAGAGUCUUAGCUUGGGCUCGCGGGCUAGUGAGGCGAUUACAAAGCCAGUCGGAGUCGAACGAACUAUGGGUGUGAUUACGACAAGCCGUCAAAGCAGCCCGUCCCUUGCUUUUCUCGACACAAAAUCCAGGGAACCAACACCAAUGCAUAUGGAAGAAGAAAACUCUCAACAAUGUGAUGUCAACCACACUAGCAGCCAAAACUAUAGACAUAUCAGGAGCCUAACUGGGUCAAUGAGUGCCAGCGAGGAAAUAGAGGGCUCACUUGAUGCUCAGAUGCUAGGAGGUUACCCUGAUUCGGCUUCAGAAUAUGAUGAAGAAGCAGAUAAUGAUUAUGAACCAGGAGCUGAUACGACUAUAGACGAGGAUUUCGCUCGAGUAGACACAUCAGAGAGUGAGGAUGAUGACAGCUUCAGCAACAUUGACCUGAAGAAUAUUGAGCCAAGCAUUAAUGACAAGCUGUUCGAGGACGUCCCCUAUCAUGAUGUUGACCCCUUGUGCCUCGAUCGGCUCACUGAAGAAGAAAAAAUGCAAAUUAUGGACGAAGCCAGGAAAUUCGGCAUCGCGUAUAUAAUCCAGGAGUACAUCAUGACCGGGGUCCAUACAGUGAAGAAGUUACUGCUCAUGACCACGCCUGAGGAGGUGAGGGACGUAUGGUGCUCAUGUACUAUCUCUAUGCCUUGGUGCUUUUAGUCCAUAGAAGUUAAAGUGGUGAUUAAUAUUCUGUAUAUGAUCUUUUUUAUUUUUUUUUUAUUUUUUUUACACUUAAAGCUCAAGAUUUCCGCCAGCCUAACAGAAGCGGAUCUUGUGUGCAUCUUCUCGCAACGUAUGGAAAG